UCUUUCCCCACUGUAUAGCGUAGCGGGAAGCGGACUCGCGGUGCGAAGAUACAGGCAACGAUGUGAGCCCAAUCACAACGGGAGCUUCGCUUUGCUGCUAUCGCUCACAGAAAUGGGUUAGUACGGCGGGGAUUAAGUGCAGCCAGUCGUGUAUUAGCCAAAGCCAUGGUAACAUCACGUUCCAAAUUGGUUCUUCUGCUCGUGGGCAGUUUGCUUCUCCUGGCGCUGCAAGUUCUAGCUGGAGUAUUGGACAAUCGCGUCGAUCAAUACGCAUUCAGCGGACGUAGUGAUGAUGGUGGAUCGUGCAAAUUGCCAGACAAUUUGAUACAGGAGAUCAAAGGCUAUCAGCCAAUUGUGGACAAAAUCAUCACCAAGAUCGUAGAUGGAGAAUUCGCCGGUCAGACUUGGCAAAGUCUGGCGAAUUUGGUUGAUACUUUCGGUGCGCGGCCUGCCGGAUCGGAUCAAUUGGAAAAAGCUAUCGAAAGCUAUCGAAGCGCAAUCACAUUGCUGAACGCCGCCUACAAGCUACUCUCCCAAAUUUUAUGCCGUCGUCUAGCACCAAGGGAGUUCGUGAGGCAGUACCAGGCGGGUUUUAUGGGCGAAUGCUCCAACACGAACCAGGUGUUCGCCAUUCGCCAAGUACUGCAGAAAUUAAAAGAUUAA